UCACUCCACAGCCUCUCCUCCGUCGGCCCGCAAACAGCCCAGCCAACCAGCAGCAUCCACCAAUCUCGAGAUCACCAGCAGUCCAGCCCGGCCGAUUCCAACCCAUCAGUACCCAACCAAACUGGCCACGGGGGUUCACUCCGAAAACCUCUGCUCCAGCUUUGCAGACAUCAAAAUUGCAGUAUUCCCAGGGCGUACCUUCCUUGAGCAGUUGGUUGCCUGGUUACUAGGCUCUUGCAUUGCGUCACGCAUCACUCUGCUCUGUGUGUGUGAUCUGUCAGCCUCGACUGCUCCGAAAGCAUGGCCGCACAUCUGAGGAGGCGUCUGCCUGCUCUCCUUGCUCGGGCCGCUCGCAGCUCCGUCGCGAUCGCUCAAAGGGAGCUUGCGACGCCGUCCAUAUUGGAGUCGUGCGUUCCAGCCGCCAGUCCCUUCCUCAUGGAUAAGAUGACUGGGGGACCCAGCAUUCCACCAACUGCUCAGCGUGGCUUCGCCGCUUCUGCUGCAGCUGCCUCGAAAUCGAAGAUCGCCCGGCGCGGGCCGGACGGGCGUCAGGAGCCGCACGGCGGGAAGCUGGUGAAUCUGAUGGUGACGGACCAGAAGGAGAAGGAGGAGCUGCUGGCCAGCUGCAAGGGCGUCAAGAUGGACCUCAACGAGCGCCAGUCGUGCGACGUCGAGGUGCUCGCUGUCGGCGGCUUCUCGCCGCUCGAGGGCUUCAUGACCGAGGACGUGUACAACUACGUCGUCGACAACAUGCGCCUGCCGGGCUCGGACCUGCUGUUCGGGCUGCCGGUGGUGAUGGACACGUUCGACCCGUCGAUCCAGGUGGGGCAGCGCGUGGCGCUGCACUACCACGGCGAGGUGUUGGCCGUCAUGGAGGUCGAGAGCAAGUGGCAGCCCGACAAGGUCAAGGAGACCUUCAAGUGCUACGGCUCCUCCUCGCUGGAGCACCCCGGCACGCUGAUGGUGGCGACUGAGCGCGGGCCGUGGUACAUCGGCGGCAAGGUGUGGGGCUUCACCAUCCCCCGCCGCGUCUUCCCUUGCAAGACGCCCGCGGAGGUGCGCGCCGAGCUGGCGCCGCACAUCGACGUGGUGGCGUUCCAGUGCCGCAACCCCGUGCACCGCGCGCACUACGAGCUCUUCUCCCGGUCGCUCUUCGCCGAGAACGUCGGCGAGGACGGCAUAGUGCUGGUGCAUCCGACGUGCGGCCCCACGCAAGCGGACGACGUGCCCGGGCCCGUGCGCUACGAGACGUACCUGGUGCUCAAGGAGGAGAAGCACGACCCGCGCGUGCAGUGGGCGUACCUGCCGUACUCGAUGCAUAUGGCGGGGCCGCGCGAGGCGAUUCAGCACAUGAUUCUGCGCAAGAACUACGGGUGCACGCACUUCAUCAUCGGCCGUGACAUGGCUGGCUCCAAGAGCAGCCGCACCGGCGACGACUUCUACGGGCCCUACGACGCACAGGAUUUCGCCAAGCUGCACUCCGCUGAGCUCGGAAUGGACACUGUUCCUUCCUUGAACCUGGUGUACACAGAGGAGGAGGGGUAUGUGACUGCUGAUGUGGCGACGGAGAAGGGGUACCACCUGAAGAAGCUGUCCGGUACGGAGUUCAGGCGCAAGCUGCGCGCGGGCGAAGACAUCCCUGAGUGGUUUGCCUUUAAGUCCGUGGUGGAGGUCCUCAGGAAACACAUCGACGACAAGGCCUAAAUGAAGAUGGGGCAGGCUGUAGGAGGCUUAACUGGAAGGGUUUCGGGUUUGGCCAUGGUGAUGUGGGUGUCAAGUUUAUGAAGAGAGCGUAUCUCCCUUGACAGUGAAAGGGGCUAGUUGCAUAACACAGGUUCUUUUUUACCCUUCCCUAUCGCGGUCUUUCAAGCAUAUUUGUUAGGUAUCAAAUUACAGAAAAAGCUGUGUUAAAACCCUAGCAUUAUUUCAAAGCCGUCUACGCGUACAGGAUGAAUUACUUCAGACGUUUGAUGUCAGGCUGAGAAAAGCCCAACAAUAUUUUCAGA